AUGGCCGCCAACAAGCAGGGCAAGAUGCAAAACCUCAUCAACUAUCGGAUGAGGAUUACCCUGACCGACGGCCGACAGAUGACGGGACAAAUGCUCGCCUUCGAUAAGCACAUGAACCUCGUACUCGCAGACACAGAAGAAUUCCGCCGCGUCAAGCGGAAGUCCAAGCCCGCUGCUGGACCGUCAAACGCUCCCUUAGUCGAAGCGGAAGAGAAGCGGACUCUCGGUCUCACAAUCGUGCGCGGUACUCACGUCGUUUCCUGCUCCGUUGAUGGCCCACCUCCCGCCGAACCCUCUGCGCGACUGGGAACAGGUGCGCCCGGCGCAGCUGCAGCUGCCACUCUUGCUGCUGGCCCAGGAAUAAGCAAGCCCGCUGGACGAGGUCUUCCUGUCGGCCUGGGAGGCCCUGUUGCUGGCGUUGGAGGACCACCACCGCCCCCUGGCGGCUUCGGUGGAUUCCCACCCGGUGGAUUCCCUGGAGCACCUCCUCCAGGAUUUGCUGGCCGUGGAGGACCCCCUGGUGGACCUCCUGGCUUCGGUCCCCCACCUGGAUUUGCGCCUCAAGGUGGUCCUCCUGGCGCUUUCCAGCCUCCACCAGGCUUCCAACCUCCCGGUCAGGGCCGGGGUUUCCCUCCUCCAGGCUUUGGUGGUAGAUGA